AUGACUGCUCCAUCGAGUCUGUAUGAACUGGGCUCAGCAGGCAGCGACAACACCUCAUCGUCCAGUGAUUCUGCCAACUUGCGCGAAAAUGGCCUCCUUCAUCUUCAGGAGCGAAACAUCGAAGCAGCUCAUUGCAGUCCACUCGAUACAUUGCGCUACUCUCUUGAACCGCAACUGCUUGAAAUUAUGCGAAACUCAACACCGGACAAUAAAGCUUACAACUACGGUCUGCCCUAUCAAGCAUCGGUAGUUCAUGAUGACAAAAAGCAACUUAAAAAUCGUAAUUUUGGCCGCAGAAGAGGUAAUUCGCCAUUUGUCUCUGGCAAUGAUCCUGAUAACUUACUGGCCGACUUUGCAUCAGCUAAUACUGACGGUCAGGCGGAGAGGUACUCUUCCAAAGUCUUUUUGGGAGGUCUGCCUCCGGACAUUGAUUCGGAUGAAAUCACAGCCAGCUUUCGUCGUUUCGGUCCUCUAGUCGUUGAUUGGCCUCACAAAGCUGAAAGCAAAUCAUACUUUCCACCAAAAGGAUAUGCGUUCUUACUCUUCCAAGAUGAAGCAUCAGUUCAAAUGUUGAUUGACGCGUGCAUUCAAGAGGAUGACAAACUUUACUUGUGCGUCUCUAGCCCAACUAUCAAAGACAAACCAGUACAAAUUCGACCUUGGCGGCUCAGUGACGCCGACUACGUAUUAGAUGCUUCCAUGCCACUGGAUCCACGGAAGACCGUUUUCGUUGGGGGCGUGCCUCGACCACUGAAGGCAGUGGAGCUUGCCAUGAUCAUGGAUCGACUGUACGGGGGCGUCUGCUACGCCGGCAUCGACACUGACCCCGAGCUGAAGUACCCGAAGGGCGCCGGCAGAGUUGCCUUCUCCAACCAGCAGAGCUACAUUGCCGCCAUCAGUGCUCGCUUCGUGCAGCUGCAACAUGCCGACAUUGAGAAACGGGUGGAGAUCAAGCCCUACAUCCUCGACGACCAAAUCUGCGACGAGUGUCAGGGCACCCGGUGCGGGGGCAAGUUUGCGCCCUACUUCUGCGCGAACAUCACCUGUCUGCAGUACUACUGUGAGAGCUGCUGGGCGAACAUCCACUCGGGCCCGGCCAGGGCGAACCACAAGCCCUUGAUCAAGGAGGGUGAGCGUCCCAGGGCCAUUCCCUUUCGAUGGUGUUAG